AACUCCAGCUCUGAUAAUGUUCUCGUCGUAUGGCAAUCUCCGCCUCCAUUGUCCUGGUCGCCAUUACGGAUUCGCGCCUCAACUCACUCCGGGUCUCGCCAAAAUAUAAGCCUGCAAACGCAUUUAAAAAUUAGACAAAAGCAGGAAUCGUUCACUUCAUAAUAAGCAGUCAACAUCAUGACAAUAAAACAUUUGCUUAAUUAAAGAAAUAGCUUGAGGGAUAUUUUUUGGGGGGCCAACGCGACUAGUAACAUUGCCUUUAUUAUUACCGAUUCCGUACGCACAGAGCGUGUGGUAUGACUAGACUAGAUCAAGAUCUCAUGUCAUGAGAAAGACGGAGUUUAUUCACCUUUGACUUCACCAUCAAGAUCAUUGGUUCUGGGUUUGUCUAUGGUGACUGAAAAACGAACUGGAAAUGACGGAAGAAACCAUGCAGUACCAGAUUGAGGUUCAGGAGGGUUCUGGAAACGGAGAGGUUAUCAUUAUUUACAACUGUGACAGUGAAGAAAUUACGCCCGAGUUGUUGGCGAACACCUUGACAGAGUUGUCCAAGCAGGCUGCAACACAACAAACAGCGACAAAACUUCCAAGUGAAAAUGACCAAUCUCAGCCUCAAGAGUAUAUUCUUAGUCAAGACAUGGCUGACACAUCGGGCCAGUUUGAACUUUCACUUGUUGAUCUACCAUCUGUUAAGGUAGAGGAGCCAGGCACUCAAAGCGUCACUAUUGAGGGUUCCCAGUUUCAAAAUGAAAUCUUUCUUGAAACUCCUUUGGAAGUGAAAGAUGAAAGACUUGAUGAAGCCGUAGGUUUGGAAACUGGCCUAAGCAAUUCCGUCACUGAGCAGAUUCAGAUUUUGGGAGGUUUAAAACCUGAACUGGAGCCUGCCUUUGAAGGUCAAGCUACAAAUACGUUGACUCAUUUUUUGGUUGGUGAAGAAGCAAAGGAGCAGCAGUUUGUGGGUACAGAUGAGGAGGCAAAUGCAACCCAGUCUUGUGACAAUUCAACUAAUGACAAGAGAUAUGAUGUUCUUCCGAGUACUACAUCUGAAAAUGAAAGUGCUCCUUUAGAAGUCAAAGAGGAACCUGUGUUGUACUCCUGUCACCACUGUGACUAUUUUAGCCGUGUGGAACUAGAAGUGCAAAGACAUUUAAAAAAUGAGCACAAUGAGGAAGAACCAUUCAGGUGUUCCAUUUGUCAUAAAACUUUCAAAGUGGAGCUGAGCCUUCAGAUCCAUUCAUUAAUGCAUGGGGGUAGUGCUGAUUCCCCCACACCUGAUAUAGACUUUGGAUUCAAUGUGAAAAAAAUCUACACCUGUCCCUUAUGCGAUUUUGAAUACAAAAGCAAAAUAAAGAUCACAAAUCAUGUCAAGAAGGAACAUAAAGGUGAAACUGUGUACAGAUGCUCCAAAUGCCCAUAUGCCUGCCUGACCUCGGAGGAACUGAAGUCUCACGAAACAUCUCCGAAACACGACGAUGAAAUGAAAACUCUGUGUCCUCAAUGCGGUAUUUCAUGUAAGAACAUUCGAAGGCAUAUCAAAAUUGCUCACAAUAAUUCAAGGCCUUACUUGUGCACAGAUUGUGGUUUCAGAGCCAAAUCAAUUACCAAUCUCAAUGCUCACACUGUCAUACAUUCUGAAGUGAAGGAAGUGAAAUGCUCAUUGUGUGAUUAUCGUUGCCAUACCAAAAAUCAGUUGGAUAGGCACAUGGUUCGGCAUUCAUCUGUGAAGAAAUUCAAAUGUUCCUUUCCUGAUUGUGCCUUUGCUUGUAAGACACAAGGCAGCCUGAAGAGGCACACUCAAAUCCACACGUCUGGUAUCAAAUAUGCAUGUCCAAUCUGUGAUUAUUACGCACGGGACCGUGCAGACCUGAAGAAACACAAAAUUUCACAGCACCCGAGAAAUGUAUCUUAUGAUUGUAAGGAAUGUGGCAUGUCCUUUGAAAGAGUUGCUGAGUUGAAAAAGCAUUCGUUGGCAAUUCAUCGGAGCAAUAAGAUUUGCUUUUGUGCUUAUUGUGAUUAUUCUUGUGAGACACCACAGGAACUCAGAGACCAUAUGCAGAUUCACUAUGGGAAAUACUCCUUUAUUUGCAAUGUAUGCGGAUAUACAUGCAGACUGAAGUCAUUAUACAAGCGGCACAUGGCUCGGCAUAACAAGGAUAAAAAGUUUGCAUGUCCAACCUGUAAUUAUGCCUGUGCUGAGAAAGCAGACUUGCAGAAACACCUGACAUCAAAGCAUUCUCAAGAAAAACCCUAUGCCUGCCCUCACUGUAACUAUAAGUGUAAAUUUCAAGCUCGACUUAACAACCAUAUAGCUUAUGUGCACAGUGAUUUGAAACCAUAUUUUUGUAAAUUGUGUCCUUAUACCGGGAAGUCUGCUGAGAACCUCCGAAAACAUUUAGGGACCCAUUCUGGGUUGGUCAAAACAAUUCAGUGUGUGCUGUGUGACUAUGCUACUGCUGAAAAAGCUAAACUCAAAAGGCAUAUGCAGGUCCACAUCAAGAGGGCUGUGUUUCAAUAAAAUAGUUUGUUUUUUUAUUACAGUAUUCAUUUCUCAGGAAUUGGUGCCUGUGGUAUAGCAUACUGAACAUCUCUGUCAGUUUGCUAUGAGUAUGGUGCUGUAUCCAGCUCAGCUUAGAUUGACUCUGACAGGCAGGUUCAAGAUUCAAAGCAGCCUACAUCCUGUAUCAUUUCUACUGCCCUGAGGGGAUGUAACGCUUGCAUUUGCGCAUAGGUUAUUAUAUCUCUCUCUGGACAUCUGACAUCAUGUAUUAUGUCAGCUUCCUAGAAUUUUUAUCCAUAUCCCUACUUACUUUUUUUCCACCUGUUAAUUUGUUUAUUGUUCCUAUUCUUUGUUUUAGCAGCGUACAAACUAGUCAAACCUUGUUGUACUGCCCCCCGUUAUACCGCCAGCCCAGCUUCCUGCCAGGUUUUGCCAAUGUACGAAAAGGAACGCCUGUAUAAACAGAUCUAGUAUUUGCGUCCUCAUGAGUUGUACGGUCCUUAUUAAACUAAUGUGACAUACACACUGCACACGGCACCCAUACAGUGGCUGCUAGAUAAUCUUUUCAACACACGACUCUGCAAAGUAGGCCUAUUUCUAGGCACUUGCCGAUUUUCUCUUGAUUUGAUCUGAUUAUGAAAUGUUAUUUUAAGGCUUUGGCCAUUAUUUUAAAAAAAAGGAAUUAAGUUUUAAAGUUUCCUGGAGAAACUUCAAACAAAGGAGCCAACUCGGCCUAAGAGCAAAAUAUCUUGCGGCGCCAAGUAUUAGCCCAAUGACCUAAUCGCUGGCGGGGGCCUGAGAGGCUUUUGUAUUGUGAGGAUUCACAUUUAAAUCUAUAUGAUAGGUCGAAGGUGGCCCAAGGUCCGAUGAGUGUCGGGUUUGAAAAAAAGCAACGUACGUCUGCAGGGCCCUUUUCAAUUUGAAUUUACUUAAAGUAGCCUACUUAAAGUUUAACUAGAGUUGUACAUGAUGUUAACUGGUUGGUCCUUUUUUUCCCCCUUGUGCUUGGCAAUUGGGCAAGAUGGAUCUAGAAGAGUCAAGACUGGCUCAAGUUUGUCUCUUGUCUCUAGUCCCUACCAGUCUACCACAAGUGCCCCUAGUCAAGAUGGCAGUCGGGGGUAUCCGGUUAUUCCGCCACCCUCACUGAAACUCCAACUUUAUCAUUUAUGCUUGUCCUAAGGUAGGCGGUAUAACGAGGUUUGACUGUAGGUUUGUAAUGCUUGUUUGAGGUGAUCUGUUUUCCUCACGAUAUAAGUAUAAGAAGUCAAGUCAGUGAAGGAGAGAAACAUGAAAUGUCCAUUUUAUUGAUUGGGUCUGGGAGUCUGUGAGGCAAAAAUAUUAAAAAUGUUCCUGUUCUAGUUUUAGUGCAAUGUAAUUGCAUGGGGACUGUUGUCAGAUCAGACGAAGAAAAUAUUUUAUCUCCGUACGCUUAUUGAAUUUACAUGUAUUUUGAGUUUUUGGUUAACAAUUCAUUACUUUUUUAGGAUAAAAAUUUGACAUGGUAGAAAAAGUCCAACUUAUCAUUUUGUUUACAUUAUAAAAUGCUAACUAUUGGCCAGAAAGCCCUUACAGUACAGCCUUUUACAUGACAAAUGUUUUAGACUGAAACUUUUGUAAAGGUUGAAAUUGAAUUAUGUGUUGACAUUGUUCUGUCAUUUUCAGGAUAUGUUUCCUUUCUUUUUAAUGAAGUUUUAAAAAAGAGGUGCUUUUAUAAAGCAGGUCUAGCUAGUUGCAUGUGUUUAUCAAAGUUUUAUGGAUUUUUUAUGAAAUGUGUUUACCGGGUACUUGCAACGGGUCAGUAGACAGACUGAGUCUGUGCAUACACUUGUGCAACCGAGUUCAUUCGGCCUGAGGCUGGGGGCGGUGCCACUGACUGAAGUGUUUUUAGGCCAUUUCCAAAAGGGGGACAUUUCUCAUUCUAAUGCACA